CCUGGUGGCCCUAUAGAUGUACCGGCUACACCUGCGGGGUGAGAGGAAACAUGAGAAGACAAACCCUGGGUCUUCUUGUCCGGAGUUUCAGAUCCGUUUCUACAAUGAGAAUAUGUUGUGCACCGGCAUCCUGGAAGAAAUUCAUCCUCGGUUUCAUUGUGGGCUUCCUUACCGUGUCCUUUUUUUCCUACCAUUUUGUGGAAGUGCUACGACCAUCAAAAGGCUUAAGAAAGAGGGUUAUCCGUCCUAUGCCAAUACCAGACAACAGCAGCGUAAGUGAAGACCUUUCUCGCAAGGUGCGCGUAUUGUGUUGGAUAAUGACUGCCCCGGGUAAUUUACAAACCAAAGCCAUUCAUGUGAAACACUCUUGGACGCGUCACUGCAAUAUUACUUUAUUCAUGAGCUCUGUACCCAAUGAGAACUUCCCAACUAUUGGUUUGGGCACUAAAGAAGGAAGAGAUGAACUCUACUGGAAAACUAUACGGGCCUUUCAUUACAUACACAAACACUAUUUUGACCAGGCUGAUUGGUUCUUAAAAGCAGAUGAUGACACAUAUGUUAUUAUGGAGAAUUUACGCCUGAUGCUCUCAAAUUAUACACCAGAUCAACCCAUAUACUUUGGUAAGCGUUUCAAGCUCUUUGUCAACCAAGGGUAUAUGAGUGGAGGAGCUGGUUACGUACUUACCAAGGAAUCCCUGAAACGUUUUGUGGAAGGAUUUCGUGCAGGGAACUGUACUCAUGAUUCACCUGUGGAAGACCUUGAAUUAGGAAGGUGCAUGGAGACAAUGGGCAUUUCGGCAGUUGAUACAAGAGACAAUAAAAAAAGAGAAACCUUCAACCCAUUUACUCCAGAGUACCAUUUAACCUCAAAAUUUGCAGUGGAUGAACUCUACAGAGACUAUUGUUUCUAUCCUCUUGUUGAAGGUCCCUCUUGUUGCUCAGACCUGGCGAUAUCCUUUCACUAUGUGAAAGCUGAACUCAUGCACACGUUGGAAUAUUUUACCUAUCACUUCAGGCCUUAUGGAUAUCAGUAUCGCUACCAGCCAUCAUUGCCAGAAAGAAUAGGUUCACCUCCACGUCCUGUUGCGAAAAACGUUUUGUCGCAGAAUGUUUUUGUAAAUUCAAGUACAAGCUCUUCCUCUCGGACUGUAAUUCCUUAUGUCAGCCCUUCUCUAAACAAGAACUCUGUGCCAGAUGGGUAGAUUUCCUGUGUGUUCUACUCAUCAAUGCAGGCCUUCAUUCUUUAUGUAGCAGUGGCCUGAGCAUCUUAUGGGUAUAAUGAUUAAGGCGUGUUUAGGUUAGGGAUACCGAUGCCUAACUGCCCUGCAAAUAGGGCUUUCUAUGCUAUUUCAGUGUUCUAAAAAGCUCUAUAAAUGUGAGAAUAUCCUGUUUCACCACAUCAGCCUUAUGAGCUCAUAAUUGUGUUACAUACUGCUAUUUGUCCUCAACGAAUGUAACUUUGAAUCUCGGCACGCCACAGAGCUAUAUAUAAAUACUUAAUAAUUGCUGUUUACAAACGAAAAGACUACCUCAAAUGUGUAUUUACAACGUGUUCACAAUAUAUCACUGCACAAACACUGAUUGUAUGUUUCUGGUUAUAUACACCAGAACAAUUACAAUCAGGAAAGAGAUCUUCCAUCUUUCUCCUUCUCCUACCAAUACCUUCCUCAACCCCACUCCCUCAGCUGUUCUAUGCUCGUCUGCAUGAACUACAGCAGAAAAGGUCUCUGCUCUGCUCCGUUCCUCCCAUCCCCUCGCCUGUUCCCUUGAUCCUAUUCCUUCGUAUCUCAUCCGCACUCUGCCUCCUCCUCUUGCUUUUUUCAAUCUCUCCCUCUACUCUGGCAUAUUUCCUUCACCCUUCAAACAUGCAACCGUAACCCUGAUUCUGAAAGAGCCAAACCUUGACCCUAACUGCCCAUCCAAUUACUGCCCUAUCUAACUGCUGACGUUUGCCUCCAAGAUCCUUGAGAGAGUUGUGUAUGCAAUAUUGACAGACUUCCUUGAAUCCAAUGAUUCUGCGCUCGUCACUCUGUCAAAACAGCUGUGACCAAAGAAUCCAAUGAUUACAUCGCUGCUAAAUCUCGUAGUCACUUUACGAUCCUAUUUCUCCAUGACUUUUCUGCUUCUUUUGACACUGUUGAUCAACAGCUUCUUCUCAUCCUCCAUACGAGUAUCUACGAGAUACUGCUCUCUCUUGGCACUUCUACUUCUGCCAGCACUUUUUCAGUGUUUCUUUUUCUGGCUCUGCCUCUUCUCCCCAACCCCUCUCUGUUGGCGUUCCCCAAGGUUCUGUCCUUGGUCCCUGGCUAUUCUCGCUCUAUACUGCCUCUCUUGGUACACUCAUCAGCACCUUUGGCUCCCAAUAUCUUUUUUAUGUGGAUGACACACAAAUAUAUCUCUCCUUUCCUUAUCUCUUGCCACCCUUCUUGACUUGUGUCUCUGGCUACCUUUCUGCUAUCUCCAACUGGAUGUCUGCUCUCCUUGACUACAGCAAUCUGCUUCUCAGUGGUCUUACAUGUUCCUAACUUGCCCUGAUGCAGUCUAUAAUGAAUGCGGCAGCAAGACUCCUCUUCCUGUCCACACCAUCCAUGCCUCCUCCCUGUGUCAGUCCAUACAUUGACUUACUGUUUGAUAUAGGCCUCAAUUUAAGAUUCUGGUACUUAAUUACAAAUCUUUAUAUAAUGCUGCUCCAAUCUACCUAUCCUUCCUAAUACACAAGUAUGUCCCAUCUAGGUCAAUGCACUGUGCCAAAGACCUGAAUCUAUCCUCUGUUUUUAUUCUCGCCUCUGAUGCUCUCAUUCAAGACUUCUCUGGACCGUUCUUGUGGAAUGCCCUUACCUUCUCUGUUAUAUUCUCACCCAGUCUCCA